GUACUUCCUUUUUUCACUUCAUCAGUAAGGUGGACAGUUCCUGCUUAUGUGCCUGAAUUCAGCACAAGAUGCUCAGCAUCUGUGAUCUUCCUGAAGACACCCUGAUGGAAGUGCUUUACCAUUUAUCGUGCAACGACCUUGUGCUGCGCUGUAGGCUUGUCUGUACGCAAUGGAAAGACAUUAUUGACUCCUCCAUUCUCUGGAAAAGAAAAUGUCUGCGUCAGGGAUACAUCUCAAAGAAAUGUAUAAAAGAUCCUCCGGACUGGAAAAUGUUGUACUAUAUCUGUCAUUUUAAACACAAUUUGCUUAAGAAUCCAAGUGCAGAAGACGAAUUCGACUGUUGGGAAAAAAUUUCAGAUGGAGGGGAUUGUUGGAGGGUGGAAGAUUUACCUGGAGAUCACGGCAAAGCGUUCCCUGGUGACCAAGUAAAGAAGUACUUUGUAACAUCCUAUGGGAUGUGCGAAAAACUACAAAUUAUUGACUUAAAUGAAGUUGGAUACAGACAGGAACUGAUGGAUAUUGCUCAACCUGAAAUUCGGAUUAAGGACUGGUUUGCGGCCAGACACGAUUGCGGCUGCCGAUACACAAUGGAGGUUCAGCUUCUUGAUGAGAAUCACCAGAUUCUGCAGGAAUUCUGCUCAGACACCAUUACCAUAGAGCAGUGGAGUGAUGCAGAGUGGAGAACGAUGGAACACACUUUCAGGAAUUAUGGACCUGGAGUUCGUUAUAUCUCCUUCCAGCAUGGCGGAUCGGACACUCAGAACUGGGCUGGCUGGUACGGGGUUAGAGUGACCAACAGCUCUGUGACUCUUGAACCUGAAGACCUAAGCACUGAUCCACUGCCCUUAUCCUCUGGUCCAAGUUCUUGACCAGAUCCCCAAUAUCACUUUACUGUUAAUGUAUACAGUCUGUAUCUAUGGAUAUGUCUUUAGCCAUGAAAGCUUAAAACCAGCACUUCAUUCUAUAAGGCCCCUGGCACGGUGAAACAUAAAGCUAUUACAGCAGGAUCACAUGUUGGUAAAUCGUUUGAAUUUAAAUAACUAACUUGUGCAUCUAAAAGAGUGCAUUGUAAAUGUAUUACAGUUUUGUUUUCCUAAAACAGAUGUUCUAAGCUGGGAAAAAAUGUAUUUAUUUUGGUUUUAUGUUUUGGGGAUGUCACUGUCCAUUAAAACUGUGGGAGUUCAGCUUAUCAGCCAGUGAGCAAUUAGCCCUUAAGGCCCGGAUGUGAUUCCUGUUAGCUUCAAAAUAAACAGGUUUAAGCAUUGUUUUCAUGCAAAAAAAUAUUAACACAUUUAAAGGGCCAUGAUACCCAAAUGUUGAAACACUUGAAAGUGAUCCAGCAUAGCUGUAAAAAGCUGACUAGAAAAUAUCACCUGAACAUCUCUAUGUAAAAAAGAAAGAUAUUUUACCUCAAAAUAUCCUAAGAAUUUAAACCCCAUUUCAAAGGACUUUAAGCAGCAAAUCAGUAUGUCUGUCCCGGGACAGGCAAGGCAGUGAGCUUUGUACACACUCAUGUUAUUUCCCUAUUCAGUUUAAGGAAGUUUACUAUGAAAUCUCAUGAGAGUUAAGUCAAAUCUCAUGAGAUCACAGUAAAAGAGUCCAUGACCUCAGCACUGUUGAUACUGAUUGGCUGCAGUUAAUUUCUUUUUUUUUUUACUUGCAUCUGGACAUCAGCUGAAGUAUAACUUUGUACACAGCACUUACUCUGGUGAGCUGAGGAAAUUGUGAGGUAAAAUAUCUUCCUUUUUUACAUAGAGAUGCUCAGGUGAUAUUUUCCUGUCAGCUUUUUACAGUUAUACUGCAUCAGUUUCAAGUGAUUUAGCAUAUGAGUAUUAUGUCCCUUUAAAUAAUGUGCAUCAUAUGUGCAAUAUUCUUAACAUUUUCUGUCAUUAUAAAUAAAUAUACACUUUAUAUAAGCAGAAUCUUAAUAAAUCUUUGUCAUUCCGGUUAUUUAAAUAGAGGUAUUGUUUGACCUCUGAAACUGGUGUGAAACACCCCUUACAUAAACAUGGGAAAUAAAGCCAUCUAUUUCAUUAA